GAUACGAAAUAUAUAUUACAUUAUAUAUUAUAUGAUUUUUUUUAUACUAUACAAUCUAUGUCACCUAAUAGACAGCUGAAAUGUGCAACCCUCAUUCAAUGACACCUAAUCAUUUUUACACUUUGGAAAGAAAGAAUCCGCAAUAAUAAAGGAGAUUGAUGCGGGAUUUAGAGCAAAAAUGGCGUCCUCUUCGUUGUGGCUACGUACACUGGAUCCCUACUCCUUAGACUUACACAGCAAGGUUUUACUUUUGCUUUGGCAGAACAACACUCCGUACAAAAUCCUUUUCUAAAGAGAUAUGAUUACAUAUGCUUUUUGCUGAGCAUCAGAGCGAGUUCCUUCGUCACCAAGGAGUCAAUGAUAGCGGGCCCUUUAAAGACACUCUCUUCCAGUCACACCCUUACUCUCUCCUGCUGCUUCGGCCAUCAGCUCGCCGCUUCAGAGAACCGAUCGCCGCCGGUCUUCGACUUCAUCCCUUCCGACGCAAAGGUAUCCACACUCUCUCAGAGUAUGCUUGUCUCUGUGUGUAUGUAUAUACUCUGUGCUUGCUUUAAGUCCAUAAAAACCCUAGUUACUCACUCGAUCACGACCUCGGAUCACAAGAAAAAUGGGAGGAGACGAGAAGCAACCAGCGACGGAAUCAUCGAACACAGCCUCGAAGGAUGUCGGAGACGAAACAUCUCUUACACUUGUUGUGCAAGCCGACGGCAACGACGCCAUUGAAGCGCCGAUCGUGACGUCUUACAAUGUUCGAAUCAGACCGUUGCUUGACACGGUCGACAGGCUGAGGAACCUCAACGUGAUGAAAGAAGGGAUCCAGCUUCCGACCAUUGUUGUUGUCGGAGACCAGUCCUCCGGGAAGUCCAGCGUUCUGGAGUCCUUGGCGGGAAUCAGUUUGCCCCGCGGACAAGGGAUCUGUACGAGGGUUCCUCUUGUGAUGAGGCUUCAGCGAAGUCUGAAACCUGAACCUGAGAUUCGGUUGGAGUUUGGUGACAGAGUUGUUCCUACAGCAGAAGAAUAUGUUGCAGAGGCUAUUGUUGCUGCAACCGAUGAAAUCGCCGGAUCUGGCAAGGGAAUCUCAGACACUCCCUUGACCCUCCAUGUGAAGAAGGCAGGUGUUCCUGAUCUUACCAUGAUUGAUCUCCCAGGAAUAACCCGAGUUCCAGUGCAUGGUCAGCCGGAAAACAUAUACGAACAGAUUGCAGCAAUGAUAAUGAAGUACAUUAAGCCUCAUGAAUCAAUCAUCCUCAACGUUCUGUCAGCCACAGUGGAUUUCUCUACCUGCGAAUCCAUUCGCAUGUCCAGGCAAGUUGACCAAACUGGAGAGCGAACUCUGGCUGUCGUGACAAAGGCCGACAAGGCGCCUGAAGGGCUCCUCGAGAAAGUUACGGCUGAUGAUGUGAAUAUCGGUCUAGGUUAUGUAUGCGUGAGAAACCGCAUAGGAGAGGAGACGUAUGAAGAAGCAAGGAAGCAGGAAGAGUUGCUGUUCAGGACACAUCCUCUCCUCUCCAUGAUCGAUGAUGACAUUGUCGGUAUCCCCGUCUUAGCUCAGAAGCUUAUGCAGAUCCAAGGGGUGAUGAUUGGCCGUUGCUUGCCUGACAUUGUGAGGAAGAUAAAUGAGAAGAUGGACAACAGUAUCCUAGAGUUGGGUAAAAUGCCAAAGGCAAUGUCGUCUGCUGGGGAAGCGAUGGUGACAUUCAUGGGGAUCAUUGGUUACGUGAAGGAGUCUCUCGUGAAGAUACUUAUCCAAGGAGACUUCUCAGAAUACCCGGAUGAUCGAAACAUGCACUGCACUGCUCGUAUGGCCGAUAUGUUGGACCGAUUCUCAGUUGAUAUUCAGGCACACUACUCGGAGAAUUCUACUGGAACUGACUUCUUGAUGGAGGAAAUCGAGGUGCUAAAAGAAUGCAAAUCCAUUGGAUUACCCAACUUUCUUCCAAGAUCGGCCUUUUUGGCUAUGCUUGUGAAACGCAUAAAGGGAAUUCAGAGCAGGCCGGUAGAUUUCAUUAGAGAAACGUGGGAUUAUGUAGAAGGAAUUUUAUCAUCAGUCAUUUCCAAACACUCAGACAGCUUCCCCCAGAUCCAGCAGUCUCUCAGACGGGCAGGACGGAACCUGAUCAUCAAAAUGAAGGAACUAUCUGUGAACCAUGUGAUACAAAUGAUCGAGACCGAGAAGCAAACAGAUUACACAUGUAACCCUGAGUACUUGUCCUCCUGGAGCAAGAAGAUAGCUCAUCAACAAAGCUUCAACAGCCACGUUACGAGCGGACAUACGACCUAUAAAUUAGACGGGUUUGGUACUGUUAAUAUUUCGCAUCUAAGGGCUCACGGUGAUUUGCUGCAGCAGGCCUUCGACUUGAAGAUGAGGAUCACAGCUUACUGGACGAUAGUCCUUCUAAGGAUUGUGGACAAUGUAGCACUUCAUCUACGAUUCUCUGUGAUCAACUUGGUCGAAAAGGAGAUGCAGAAGGAUAUCGUUGCAGAGAUGGCGGAUGGGGAGAUACUGAGGAUGCUGGAGGAGACUCCGUCUGUAACAAGCAAGAGAGAGAAGCUUAAGAGCAGUAUCAAGCUUCUGAAGGAAUCCAAGGAUGCAGUGGCCGCCAUUGCUGAUCAGAUCUCUGGUUAUGAAGAGUAUUGAUGCUUGACGGGAUGCAAGGAAAUGGGGUGGUUUUGUGUCGGGGGCUUGUGUUUGUAUUUUUGGAAAACCCUAAACCCUUUUGCUACUAUAUCUAUAUCGGCGUGUAUGUAUGUAGCCCCCUGAAAUCGGGUAAUCAAUGAAGUAACUUGUGGAACUUUCUGUGUGAGUUUGUCCAAAAAUGGCAUUAUCAGCUAAAAAGGCAAUUCGAUUAAAAAACAAUUCUCUUUGAGACA